GGCCUUUGUACCUUUUUGCCGCGCUAUCUCCAAUAUUCAUCACACUCCAUCCCUCUUUCAUCAUCAAACUUGACUUUAUUCAGAUCUUAAGUUUGAUGCUCUGAAAUAUUCUUCCUUCGCUCCCCAUAGACUCCGUCACUACAAAACGCAGUCAUGGCUAGCAAAGUUCUCCCCCAGAAGCGUGUCUUCGGUGACGCUUCUAAUCGUCGAAAUAUUCUAUCAACCCCAUCCGAUGCGAAGAGACGCCGAUUAGAAUCUCAAUCCCCCCCACCAGUAUCGCGCUUCAAAAACCCCAAGCAAGGCCCCGGCUCGAAAUUAUCAUCGACCCAACCGAAGAGUGUCUUCGAGUCUGAAGUUCUAGAGAAGCUAAGCCAAGAUAUUAACGAGCUUAAGCAGACCAAUUCAGAGAAGGACCAAACAUGGGCGCGGCCUCCUGUUGUCGAUUUCGAUCCUCGAAGCGAUAACCUAGUCUACCAACAGAUAGAAGCAGAGGAAGGUACCCUCCAUGGCGGACAAACUACCGUCAAGCUCUUCGGUGUAACGGAUAACGGGCAUUCUGUCAUGCUUCACGUUACUGACUUUAAGCAUUACCUUUAUGUCGCCGCUCCGGUCUCAUUCACCCCGAAGGAUUGCGAGCCCUUUAAAGCCUAUCUCCAGAACCAGAUCGGUCAAAACCAACACGUUAUUCACUCUUGCGAAGUGACCCUACGAGAAAACGUCUACGGCUUUCAAGGUAACACGAAAAGUCCUUAUAUCAAGGUCACAGUUACAGACCCAAAGUUUAUCGGGAGAGUCCGGUCGGCCUUUGAGAGAAAUGAGGCAAAUUGGAAGGGGAUGUGGAAGGGGGUUGAAGGAGGUAUCAUGACGUUCGAUAAUUUGCAAUACGUCCUACGAUUCAUGGUUGACUGCAAGAUCCCCGGUAUGUCAUGGGUAGAAGCACCUGCCAGUAAAUACCGUCUCAUUCCAGACAACCUGCGACAAUCAAGCUGUCAAAUUGAAGCAGAGAUCAAUUAUCGAGACUUAAUCUCCCACGAACCGAAAGGCGAAUGGUCCAGAAUGGCUCCGUUACGAAUUCUAUCCUUUGAUAUCGAAUGUGCCGGACGAAAAGGCAUCUUUCCACAGGCUGAAAAGGAUCCAGUCAUCCAAAUCGCCAAUGUUGUUACACGCUACGGAGAGAGCAAACCCUUUGUUCGAAACGUAUUCUGCCUAGAUAGGACAAGUCCCAUAGUAGCAACACAGAUUCUAGAUUUCGAAAAAGAGGCAGAUAUGCUUAUGUCUUGGAAGAGAUUCCUUGACAGGGUGGAUCCUGAUCUGAUUACCGGUUACAAUAUUGCCAACUUCGACUUCCCCUAUUUGCUCGACCGCGCCAAAUGUCUUAAGAUCAAGGAUUUCGAGUACUGGACUCGUUUGCAUGAUGUCAAAUCAGUUGUUAAGGAGACGAAUCUCUCUAGCAAGCAAAUGGGCAAUCGAGAUACGAAAACCACGAAUACCAAUGGGCGACUACAACUCGAUUUGUUGCAGUUGAUUCAACGUGAUCACCAUCUUCGAAGUUACACUCUGAAUUCGGUGUGUUCUCAUUUCCUUGGAGAACAGAAGGAGGAUGUUCAUUACACGAUGAUCACCGAGCUAUUCAACGGCACACCAGAGUCUAGGCGUCGUCUAGCUUUAUACUGUCUGAAGGAUGCUUACUUGCCUCAGAGGUUAAUGGACAAGCUCUCUUGCCUUGCCAACUAUACAGAAAUGGCUAGAGUCACGGGUGUUCCGUUUAACUUCCUUCUUUCUCGUGGUCAACAGGUCAAGUUCAUGAGCCAAUUGUUCCGAAAGGCCCUAGAACAGAAACUUGUGAUUCCAAACAUGAAGUCAGAGAGUUCGGAUGACCAGUACGAAGGCGCCACAGUCAUUGAGCCUACUCGUGGCUACUACGAUGUACCCAUCGCAACCCUCGAUUUCGCAUCCCUAUAUCCUAGUAUCAUGCAAGCACAUAACCUCUGCUAUACCACUCUUGUGAAUAAGAAGGCUGUGGAGAGAUUCGGCCUCAAGAAGGAUGAGGAUUAUAUUGUUACACCGAAUGGCGACAUGUUCGUUACCGUCAAGCAACGGAAAGGGCUUCUCGCCCAGAUUCUCGAAGAACUGCUUUCAGCAAGAAAGCAAGCCAAGAGAGAACUAGCAGUUGAAACUGAUCCUUUCAAGAAGGCAGUCUUGAACGGUCGUCAACUCGCUUUAAAAAUCAGCGCCAACAGUGUGUACGGUCUUACAGGUGCAACGACCGGCAAGCUCCCUUGUCUAGAAAUUGCUAGCAGUACCACGAGUUUUGGUCGAAAGAUGAUUGAGAAGACGAAAGACGAGGUGGAGAAGAAAUAUUGCAUUGCCAAUGGUUAUUCUCACAACGCCCAAGUCAUCUACGGUGACACAGAUUCUGUCAUGGUCAAGUUCGGAACGAAUGACCUUAGCGAAGCGAUGAAACUUGGCGAAGAGGCGGCUAAUUACGUCUCGUCAAAAUUCGUCAAACCUAUCAAACUCGAGUUUGAGAAAGUAUAUUUCCCAUACUUAUUAAUCAACAAGAAGCGAUAUGCCGGUCUGUACUGGACAAACCCCGACAAAUACGACAAGAUGGACACCAAAGGUAUCGAGACAGUUCGACGAGAUAACUGCCUGCUAGUGCAGACAGUUAUCGAGAAGGUUCUCAGGAUGAUUCUGAUUGAUCGGGACGUCCCAGGAGCCCAAGAAUAUGUCAAAGAUACCAUUGCGGAUCUGCUUCAGAACAAGAUAGAUAUGUCCAAGCUCGUGAUCACGAAGGCACUUACCAAAGAAAGCGACGAGUAUGAUGCCAAACAAGCUCACGUGGCGCUCGCGGAGCGAAUGAAGAAACGAGAUGCCGGUUCUGCUCCUGGAUUGGGAGACCGAGUGGCAUAUGUGAUGAUUAAAGGUGCAAGCGGAUCGAAGAAUUUCGAACGUUCUGAGGACCCUAUUUUUGUUCUCGAGAACAAUGUUCCUAUCGACACGAGAUAUUACUUGGACAACCAGUUAGCGAAGCCACUUGGACGUAUCUUCGACCCUAUCCUAGGUGAGACGAAGGCAAAAUCACUCCUCCACGGAGAUCACACGCGUUCUAUUUCGGUUGCGGCACCGAUGGUGGGCGGUUUAAUGAAGUUCGCGAAGAAGACGAUGACUUGUAUGGGUUGCAAGAAGCCACUCAUGAGUAAAGAGGAGAGCAAUGGCGCCGUCUGUUCAGACUGCGCACCACGUGUGGGUGAACUUUACAAAAAGACAUUAGACAAGGUAUCGGAUCUUGAGGUCCGAUUCGGACGGCUGUGGACGCAAUGCCAGCGGUGCCAAGGAAGUAUGCAUUGCGAGGUCAUCUGCAGUAGCAAGGACUGUCCUAUCUUCUACAUGCGCAUGAAGGCUAAAAAGGAUGUCGAGGAUGCUAGUAAGGAACUGAAGCGAUUCGAUCUCGAUCAAUCCGCCAUAUGGUGACGGGUAGAGUGAAAGCAUCGGUGGUUCCACAGGCAUUAUGAGAUGUACGAAUGCAAGGAGUCCAGGUCGGUCAGUCAGUCAGUCAGUUAUUAGAAGGGAAUAUGGUCAAUGUCAUAAU